AUGUCCUACAACUCACGGCGACAACAAUCGAAACACGGCUACGACAGCCAGUCGCGCGAUUAUCGCCACGGCAAUGAUCGCAACAACCGUGACCGCUCCUCGCGUGCCCGCGUUUCGUCCCCCCCGCCCCGCCGAGACUACAGGGACAACGGCGACUCUUAUCGCCCUCCCAGUCCCUCAUCGAACAGUUAUGGCCAUUCAAAGCACAAGGGAUACGACUCCCGCUCGUCCUACGGAGCCCCCGCACCCGCGCCGCCAGCAUACAAUCCUCCUCCUCAGCCCUCGUAUCCGCCCCCGCCGGGUGUCGACAACUACCGUAUGCCGCAAAGCGACUUCACCUUUCGGGUAGAGAAACCUGUCGGACUGCAGCAGGAGCCGGACUCUUACCGGCCCCAGAACAACCGCAGACUUCGUAAUGAUCGGGGGCCUCAAGGUGGCCGUGGAGGGCGUGAUUUCCGCAGCGGCCCAGGCGCCCGAGGUCGUCUAGGCCGAGGCGGGAAGUUUCGCCAACCAUGGCGACCAUUUGUGGCUGCCGAGCGAGAUCUUCUUCACACCGACCACAAUGUUGGUGACGAGCAAGCAUUCUUUGACGAGCAAGGCGGCGUAACAUACAGAAAUGUGGACGAGCUCUCAGAUAGCGAAGAGGCCGAGAUGGAUAUCUCUGGUGACGAAGAGAACGGCGACGCUGAACCCUCCAGCAAACGAGCCCGGGUUUCGAUCGACCAGUCGGCUGCCGAUGAUGUGCCAAAGUGGUCCAACCCCGACCCUUACACAGCUUUGCCACCGGAGACUUCUGGCCAAAAGAAGAAAGACGUUGUGCAACUGAUCCGCAAGGCCCGUGUUCAGGCCAAGGAGACCAGGACAUCACUCCCUAGUGAGGCUGCUGACUUCAUCUCCCUUGACUUUGAUGACAGUGACGAUGGCCAUGACAGCGAGGACAGCGAGCAUAUCAAGGAAUCCGAUCUGGUAUCUACACGCAAACCAGGGCUGGAGAGUGCCCCUGCAGCCAAGGACACAACUCUCCCCCACAAGGAUACUGGUUCUGGUAGGCCAUCUAGAGUUCCGGUUCUGAUGCCCGAUCCCACCCCUGCUGCGUUGGGUAGCCGAAAACGCACGCAUGACGAUCAGAUAAAAAUGCCCCAUACAAGGAUCAAGAGACCGGCCAAGGCGCCCUCGGGGGGGCACAUCAUCCCGGAAUGGCGAGCACUUCCUCAUACGUCAGCCACUCCUUGGUUACGAAUGGACAACUCAGAUUCGAAAGAUCCCAUAGUCUGGCUUCACAAGGAGAUCGUGGAUUUUUAUGACUAUAUCAAACCCCGAGAAUUUGAGCAGCACCUCCGUCAUGAUCUGGUGCAACGGAUGAGAUCAUUCUGUCGCCGAUACUGGCGUGACUCGGACAUGCAACCUUUUGGCUCGUUUCCAUCUGGCCUCUACCUCCCAACCGGUGACAUGGACAUGGUCAUGGUAUCCGACAGCUACCUGCACGGCGGGCCUGCGAAAUACAACUUGAAGAAGCAUCUCUGGCAAUUCAAGAGCUUUCUUUUGAGAGAAGGAUUGGCUUGGGAAGAUGAUAUCGAAGUCAUUACGAGAGCUAAAGUCCCACUGACCAAGUUUGUUGACCAGAAAACAGGCCUCAAGGUUGACAUCUCGUUCGAGAACAGCACGGGAAUCACUGCUAUUGAAACGUUUUUGGCCUGGAAAGACAUAUAUCCGGGAAUGCCUGCGUUGGUGACUCUGAUCAAGCAUUUCCUGUUGAUGCGAGGUCUCAAUGAACCGGUGAAUGGCGGAAUCGGUGGCUUCUCGGUCAUUUGCCUCGUCGUGAGCAUGCUCCAGAUGAUGCCCGAAGUGCAGAGCGGGGCUAUGGACACGCGCCGUCACCUCGGUGACCUCCUGAUGCACUUUUUCGACUUGUACGGAAACAAGUUUGACUACCAGAACGUUGCCAUUCGCCUCGACCCGCCCGGCUAUAUCAGAAAGACUCAAGUGGACUCGUUUGCAUAUAAGAAUUACGACCGGCUCUCCAUCAUUGACCCCAACAAUGAAGAGAAUGACAUCUCAGGCGGGUCCAGCAACACAGGCAGCAUUUUCGCCUUGUUCGCCCGGGCUCACGACGAUCUGCGACACAAGAUGCGGUCCCUGGCGGAGGAUCCUCGCAGAGGAAAGGGCAGCAUUCUCGGUGUCAUCAUGGGGGGCAACUACUCGAGCUUUGAAGAGCAGCGCAGUUUCCUGGAGAGUUUGGCUAACCAGCAGCCGGGAUCGCCGCUUUCAACAAGACCCCGAUCUCACCAGCAAACUCAUCAUCAGUCUCAUCAGUCGCACCCAACGCAUCAGUCUCAUUAUACUUCCGACCGUCGCCGCAAUCCUCGAGGUAGCAGGAGGCGGCCCUGACUUUGGGCACCACUUGACAUCUUUGGCAAGAGUUACGAGAGAAGUGCGGGCAACAUCAUCAUGUCCAUUUUUGGGGCACGUAGUUACUCAGUUGGAGCAUGGGCGUCAGGGUUUCCACCCAACAGGAUAGCCGAGCUCCCUGACCGCGGCUGUAGGGCUGGGUCUGUGUCGACACCCCUUAUGCUUUUGCGUCCCUUCACCUUGACUCUUCAGAUGUUUAGGCGGUUGUCACGUUUGUAAAGCAGCGAGGCUGAAGUGAUAACAGAGUCUACGUCGCAGCUCUUGGCUUGCAGGUGGCCUCUGUGGUUAUUGAGGCCUCUUUGCCAUGCAUACUUACCCAAUAUUGUAGUGUAGAGCGAGGACAGGCAGCCCGACCGUCGCCGAACCAAAGGCUGCCCGCCUAUUCGCAGUCUUUUGCGCCGUGUAUUACAUAGGCCGUCAUCCGGUUCUAAUCAACCAAGGAAUUCUUCCUUUUUUUU